AUGGCAAACGACCACCUCUCGCCCAUCGCGCCGGCGCGCGUGCGGGUGCUUGUCCUACCCGCCGGGCGCAUCAAGAAGCACCGCUUCACCACCUUCUUGCAACGACUAGACCAGCACGACAGCGUACGCCUGGGAGACAUCAGUCCCGAUGCCAAAGCCAACAACAACCUCUUUUCCCCUCAAGCCUUUCCCAAUGGCUCUCUUCUGUACAACUUCUCGACGUCAAUGCCGCCGCCGUCGCAUACUCAACUGGCCCCUUUCGACCUGUUUAGAGAGCACAUGAUGGUUCUGGGCAUCGCAGAUGCANAAGAGUACGAAGCCUCGCCCAAAGAGGAACUGCAGCGAGUCUCGGACAGCUUGGACGAACAGCAUCCCAAGAUACUGCUUUCGCAACUCCUGGUCAUGGAUUGUACCCAAGAGCAGCAAGACAGUUGGAAUCUGGACAAGGCAAUCUGCGUGCCCNCCUCGCAUGCCACCAAGACGACCACCAUGAAUACCAUCAUGUGCGAUAUCUCGGCCAAACUCCUGUCAGAGAUGGGUACAUAUGCCACUGCUGUACAAGCCCUCCCAAGUGUCCAGUCGCCAGGCGCCCCCGCCUCUCGUCCCCAGCUAGACCGCUCCUUGUCGCUACGUAUGGAUUCUCCACGUCCCGCCUCGCCCGCCGAUUCUUCCGCCGUUCUUUCUCCCUCGGAAACCCCUCCUCCCAAAGGCCCACCCACAAAUUUCGAUGACAUGGGAGCACACACAAGAUCCGAUAGCGGCAAGAUUGCGAAUAGAGACCGCAUGUCGGUCCAGACUUUCGCUUCUACCAGUGCACAAGAAAGAGCAAAGAACAAAGGCAAAGCAAGAGUCGGCAUCGUUGUCGGUAAUCUCUACAUGCUAGCUGGACGCUGGAACGAUGCUUGGCGAGAACUCGUAGAAAACACAAACAAGGCUCGCUCUGCCUCCGACUAUCUGUGGUACGCAAAGGGGUUGGAGAGCAUAGUAGUCUGUAUGCUUCUGCUCAUCUGGUCUGGCUUUGACUUUCCCAUCCCUGCCAUCUGCAAUUCUGGUCCUGACAGGUCUUCAUCUCUCAUCUCAUCUGCUAUUACCAGAGAUGGUGUACCACCCAUAGCUGGGACAAAGUCAUUCGGCAGCAUCAACCUCAAGAUUGAUAUACUUAGGGCGUGUAUCGACUUUUGUGAGGCACUGCCAGACCUAGCAGGCGUUGUGCAUUUUUCCGCUCUGUUGCUGCGAGUUGUCGGUCCACAAGGAACUAUGACUGUGCACGAACAUAAUCGCCGUGUCACGAUGGCUACGGAGGAACAACUCAGGUUGAUAUCUAACAUGGCAAGAACGAUCAAUGCUGCAGCCAAAAUCGGCCUGCCAGAUGUCCGAGCUUUGUACUGGGAUGACUUUCUAGUUCGCGAUGUUCAAUGGGUCGAUGAUCCAAAUAAUGAGAAGCUGCAAGAGCGUCACAAGUCCGAUCUCUUGUUUGAUUCGGACAACAAGCCUGGAAAGUCGCCAUUCCUAUACAACCCUUUCGUCAAGGAGACACACAAGACGCAAGAUAAGAUUGUUGUCGUUGGCGAAUCAGUCGAGCUUGUUGUCACUCUACAAAACCCCUAUGACUUUGAGAUCAGGAUCGAACAUAUGUCACUUGUUACUGAUGGUCCAGCGAUCGAGGUCGAGGACCAUUCCAUCAUUUUGGGACCUGCUAGACUUCAAGAUGCUGUGAUCACUGCACGCGCUAAGGAAGAGGGUCAGAUCCGCAUUGUCGGCUGUACUAUUCGAAUGUUCGGCUGCAAAGAUCAGAUCUUUCCAAUUCAUCAGUCAGCUUGGAGACCAGAUCUUCCUAUCAAACUGAAGGAGUUUGGCCUCUCAGCUCGUGAUUCUGCGUCUGCCACAACACAAUCCAGGAAUUCCAAGGGUCGGUCAUUGAAACCUCUCCUUCCUCAACUCACGACCGUUUCAGCUGUUACCAUUCAAGCCCAACCACAUGUCAUAGUCGACAGCCUUGACCUCUCCGAAUCUGCCUUGAUGGUUCUGGAAGGACAGCAGAAAACAUUCUCAAUCACUCUACGAAACACAUCAUCACACGUCACUGUUGAUUUUCUUCACAUCUCAUUCGACGACUCUCUUACAUCGUCCAUCCACACAGCUUUGGCAGCCAAAGAAUUGACCAAGCCAGAUAUGUACGGACUCGAACUUGAGUUAUCUCACAACCCUACAUUCACAUGGGCUCGAUCAAGCGGUGGCCAAGAUAUGACAAUCCUGCCAGGAGAAAAGGCAACGUUUGAGAUUACCGUGCUCGGAAAGCCAGGUCUGGCAGCUGCGAAGAUCAUGUUUGAUUAUGCGUAUUUGGGAAAACCUUUCUCGGAGCUCGAAGGUCGGGCGUUCACUCGUCAGGUUGCGGUACCAAUUGACAUAACUGUCAACGCAAGCAUUCAGCUCCACCGCGUCGACUUCAGCGAAUUCCCUGCCGACUUUGCCUGGACGAACCGAGGGCUGCAGGAACAAGGCCAACGGCCGAAAUCACCUAGAUCGCCGUCACAUCCAGUGGAGAAGGGCAGCAAUCGUUUCCGAACGUUGUUGGAUCGUGUGGGGUUGGAGUCAAGCAACGAAGAACACUGUCUGCUUCUUCUCGAUUUGCGCAAUUCAUGGCCAAACCCAUUGACCGUAUCCGUCCAGGUGCGCUCCUCGUCUUCCGACGAAAGCUGGGACCGCGCCUAUACUGUUCAUGAGGUGAUCCAUCCAGGCCAUAUAGCGCGUCUUGUGCUGCUUCUUCCUCGUCUCCAUAUCGCCAACCCUUAUGCACCCAUUCCAAUCUUGUCGCAGCAAAACCAAAGACAAUUUGUUGUUUCUGCUGAUGGACCUGUUUCUGCCGACCUUGAGCGCGCAACACGAGAGCAAUUUUGGUCCAGAGAGGAAGUGCUCAAGUACCUUCGUGGCACAUGGGAAGAGAAGGGCUCCGACAGAAACGGCAACAUUGAUCUCCGCGGUCUGAGAUUGAGUUCCAAAAUGAUUGAAACGAUACGUCUCCAAGAUGUUGCCGUCACAAUGUCUGUCGCAUCGACUGAAAACGAAGGCGUUCAACAAACUGGCCGCAGCAGGUUUGCCGUCCAAGCAGAGAGUUUGUUGACGUUACGCACGACUGUACACAACAAGAGUAGUGCCACCAUAAAAGCACUCUUACGCCUUCAACCGACACUCGCAGACCAGGGUUUUGCAGAAAGUAGUCUGGAUAUUUCUCGCCGAUUGCUGGUUAGCGGUGUUUUACAACAAUGCUUACCUACGCUCUCUCCGCACAGCUCCAUCACUGUUGAGCUUGGGAUAUGUCCCCUUGUUCAUGGCGAAUUUGAGGUUAGCUCAAUGGUCGAGGAAGUCGCACUGUCGGUGUCUGAAGUAAAAGAGAUUGGUGGAGUUGAGACUGAAGACUUCGAAGCCGGCAAAGAAGGGCUUGCUAGGAAGGAGCGAAGGGUUUGGCGGGGUGAAGAGCCAUGUAGGAUUAUUAUCACCUAA